AAUUCCUUUCACUUUUCUUUUGUCUUUUUCUUUUUCCUUCAUGCAGUUCAUUUUUCAUUUCAGAAACCCCUCCUUCAACCAUGUAAAUUUUCUGUCUUUUGCAUUUUAAGCAACCUGGCCUAUUAAUUCGUAUCUGUAUCAUCACCCUUUUCUCUCUGCCUUUCUGUUUUGGCUUCUCCAUGUAAUUGGUAUAGAUAUAAUGAUAGAAAUGCAUGUGUUUUUCAAAGGGUGCCUUGCAUUUUCAUGGCAUGUGUGAUCCAAAUCCAUGAAUAGGCCACUUAGUAAUGGAGCUUUUGGGUUCACUGUGGAGAGGAGGACGAAGGUUUAUUAAAAGGAAAGACAGUGAUGCUGGUGAUACAGGUAAAGCACUGGAAGAACUCAGAGCUUCACUCUACAAUGAGAUCCGAACCUCAGAAGGAGCAAAGCGACAACAGCAAAAAUAUUGUGGACCAGUGGUGGCACUGUCCUUCAACUUUAUGGUUGCUGUCGGAAUUAUCAUGGCAAACAAAUUGGUGAUGGGUAAAGUUGGCUUCAACUUCCCAAUUUUUCUCACAUUUGUACACUACAUCACUGCAUGGCUUCUGCUUGCCAUUUUCAAGACACUCUCAGUGCUUCCUGUGUCUCCUCCAUCCAAAACAACUCCAUUCUCUUCUUUAUUUGCACUUGGUGCUGUCAUGGCCUUUGCCUCUGGCCUUGCAAACACUAGCCUCCAGUAUAACAGUGUUGGUUUCUACCAAAUGGCUAAGAUUGCUGUCACCCCUACAAUUGUUCUUGCGGAGUUCAUUCUUUUUAGAAAAACCAUUUCUUUUACAAAGGUUUUGGCUUUGGCUGUCGUGUCAGCAGGUGUAGCAGUUGCAACUGUUACAGAUUUAGAGUUCAAUUUAUUUGGUGCUCUAAUUGCAAUUGCAUGGAUAAUCCCAAGUGCCAUAAACAAAAUUUUGUGGUCUACUUUACAACAGCAGGGCAACUGGACAGCUCUGGCGUUGAUGUGGAAGACAACCCCAGUCACAAUUUUCUUCCUUGGGGCAUUGAUGCCCUGGAUAGAUCCACCAGGAGUCCUAUCCUUCAAGUGGGAUGUGAACAAUUCAACUGCUGUUUUAGUAUCUGCUCUCCUUGGUUUUCUCUUGCAAUGGUCAGGGGCAUUAGCAUUGGGGGCCACUUCUGCCACAACUCAUGUUGUUUUAGGACAGUUUAAGACCUGUGUGAUUGUGUUGGGAGGGUUCAUAUUAUUCAAGUCAGAUCCUGGGGUUGUGAGCAUUGGUGGUGCUGUUGUUGCUCUCUCUGGGAUGUCAGUCUACACAUCAUUGAAUUUGCAAGGGUCUCAGGAAAAUAUGCAACAAAGUUUGCCUUCACCGAAGCCAAAAUCAACAGGUGAUGACAGCACAGAUUUGAAUGUAAAUACUAACGGCAGCACCAUUGUCUGAGCCAUAUAACCAAACACAUCACAGACAGACUCAUUUCAUGUCCCCUUCUUUUUAGCAAUUCUAAUUGUGCAGCCAGAGCAUUUGUAUAGACAGAUCAGUCACAGUAAUUUAAUUACUGCAAAAUUUGUUGACA